AUGGGUAUCCAAUUCGAGCAUUGGCCUUCUAAGGUCGCCAAUAUCCUGGUCUACGUGACCCUCCUCUCCGGAAACCUCUACUCGACCUUUGGUGGCGACAAGGACACGGACUCGCCCUACGACUCCAAGCAUGAGUCCUACAUCACCCCCGCCUCCUUCACCUUCUACAUCUGGACUCUGAUCCACACCCUCCUCGGAGGCAUGGUUAUCUUCCAGUGGUUCACCGACAAGGUCCACCAGGCUGCGGGCUGGCACUUUGUUACCGCCUCCAUCUUUAACGCCAUCUGGCUCGCUCUCUGGUCCUCGGGCCACACCUUUUGGGCUCUGGUCGCUUUGUUCUUCGCCACCGGCGCUGUGUCGUUCAUCUAUUACCGUCUUAAGGAGCAAGAUUCGGCCGAGACGCUGCUGGAUGUGAUCUUCCUGCACCUCCCCUUCUCACUCUACCACGCCUGGAUCUUUGUCCUCUUGAUCAUCAAUUUCUUCGCAGUCUUCUCUACCACCCACGAUGACGGUCCCUCGACCUUCCAGGUUGUCCUUGCAAUUGCUGGAUUAGCAUUCAUUGCUUCGACCGUCAUUGGGUAUAUUGAAUACAAGCAGGGCGAUGUCGCUGGCGCCCUCGUUUUGGCCUGGUACUUGUUCGGUGUCUUCGCCCAGCAGAGCCAUGAUGCCAUCCACUGGACUGCCCUCGGAUUAGGCAUUGCAGUCACCGCCUAUACUCUCAAGCCCUUUGUCCUCCGUCUCGUUGGUCGCCAGUCGGGCGAGAGCGCUCCUCUCUUGGGCUAA